AUGCCCGAUCGGGGACCUGGGGUUUGGAAACUGAACACUUCCAUUUUGGCGGAUGAGAUCUUUACCACUCGUGUUCGCGGCUUUUGGCGUUCGUGGCAGGAUCAGAAGCAUUUGUUUCAUUCUCUUGAUUUGUGGUGGGAUGCUGGUAAAGCCUGUUUAAAGUCGUUGAUGAAGCGAUAUUCGCGAGAAAAAACUCGGUCACGUCGUGCUCGCAUUUCCUCCUUGGAGAAUACUUUGUAUCACCUUAGUCGCCGCGAACAGAAUGCUGAUGAUGUGGCUCGUUUCAUUAAGGAAACCAAAGAUCUUCUUGAGCUUGAACAUCAGCAUCGUGCAGAUGGGGCUAAGCUUCGUGCUAAGGAACAAUGGGCAGAAGAGGGUGAAUCGUCAUCGUCUUAUUUUUUCCGUCUUGAAAAGUCUCGAGCCAUCCGUAAGUUAUUCACUGGAAUUCGGAAUGCGCAAGGAGUUGUUGUCCGUUCUGUUUCAGCUAUUAUUCGUGUCUGGUGUCUUUUUUAUGUCCAAUUGUUCACCGCCUGUAUUCUUUCUCCAGUGGAUCAGGAUUUUUUUAUUAACUCUUUGGACUUGGCCUUAUCCGAUCGCGAGUCUGCCUUAUGUGAAGGUGAUAUUACUCCUGCUGAAUGUCUUGCGGCCCUUAACAGUUUUCGUAAUAACAAGUCGCCUGGCAUCGAUGGUUUGCCUUAUGAAUUUUAUAAGUGUUUUUGGGAUGUUCUUGGUUCUGAUCUUGUUACUGUAUUGAAUGACUGUCUUGUGCAAGGCUCAUUGUCAUUUACACAGCGUACUGGACUCAUUUCCUUGCUUUAUAAGAAGAAUGAUAAGCUGGACACUAAGAAUUGGCGCCCUAUUUCUUUGUUGUGCACUGAUUACAAGAUCUUGGCCAAAGUUUUGACCAAUCGUCUGAAAUCCGUCAUCUCUUCGGUCGUCUCAUCUUCCCAAACCUGUGGUGUUCCUGGUCGUUUUUCUGGUGAAAGUGUUCGUCUCCUCCAGGAUAUUAUCAAUCAUUCAAAUGGCAAUGACAUUGGUGGUGCUCUGAUUUCGCUUGAUCAGGAAAAGGCUUUUGAUCACGUGGAAUGGUCGUUUCUGCAACGUGUUUUAGUGAAAAUGAACUUUGGUCCUUCGUUUCGGUCUUGGGUGCAGUUGCUGUAUUCUGGCAUUUUUUCACGUGUCCUUGUCAAUGGUUUCACCAGCGAAGCAUUUCAUGUGUCGCGGGGUGUUCGUCAAGGCUGUCCAUUAUCACCUCUGCUUUACAUUUUAGUUGCCGAAACUAUUUCUAGUGCUAUUAAAAAGGAUCCUCACAAUGAUGGUUUUGUUUUGCCUGAUGGUCAAUGCGUUAAGCUUUUCCAAUAUGCCGAUGACACAAGUAUUUUGGUGCGUUCCGAUCAAGCCCUCCUCUCUGUGUUCUCCCUCUUCGCGCGGUAUGAGAAAGCUUCUGGUGCGAAACUUAACAUGGGCAAGAGUCAUGGCUUGUUAUUUGGUUCCUGGCAUACUCGUCUGCACUUGCCUGUUCCAUUGAAUUGGAGUAAUGUCGCUAUCACUGUUCUUGGCUGUCGCCUGGGUAAUGAUGAUGCGGUUGACUGGAAUUCGUUGAUCGAACGUUUUGAGGGUAAACUUUGUUUAUGGAAGCAACGUCAGCUGACCUUUUGUGGCCGUGCCUUGAUUGCCAAUAUGCUUGGGUUGUCCAUUUUCUGGUAUCAAGCUACCAUCUUUGACAUGCCGAAAACCGUAAUAUUUCGUAUCAAUAAACUCUUGUUCCCCUUUAUAUGGGGUAAGAAACGUGAAUGGAUGGCUUGA